GAUAAGGAGUUAACUUUCGAAUCAUUCCAAAGUUACCAACCUAUAUGUAUAUUUUCAAAAGUUUGAGGGGUUUGUGAAUAAUAAUUGAAGAAAUCCAACAUUACAAGCUUACAUCAUCCGACCAACUCCGAGGGGUUAACUUACGGCUUGACAAAAUAACAGCGUUGAUGAAUGUCAUUCUCUCACUCUCCCACUGUACUCGCACUCAAAUCUCAACUCUUUUCCUUGGGACGCAAGAAUCCAUUUAUUGCCAAGAAACUCCACGCACAAAUCAUCAAAUCUGGUCUCAAUCACCACCAUCCAUUCCCCAAAACUCUCAUUGACGCAUAUGGCAAAUGUGGCCUCCUCAAAGAUGCACUCAAACUGUUCGACGCAUUGCCUCAACAAGAUCACGUCGCUUGGGCCACCGUUCUCUCCGCCUGCAACCUCUCCAACCUUCCACACAAAGCCUUCUCCAUCUCACUCCCCAUUUUACAUGAAGGGUUGCAGCCGGAUCACUUCGUUUUCUCUUCCCUCAUCAAGGCUUGUGCUAACUUGGGUAGUGUUCACGUCAAGCUAGGGAAACAACUCCAUGCUCGUUUCUUGCUCUCGCCUUUUUUUGAAGAUGAUGUUGUUAAGUCUUCUCUUGUUGAUAUGUAUGCAAAAUUUGAGUUGCCUGAUUAUGGGCGUGCUGUUUUUGAUUCGAUUUUUGAGUUGAGUUCGAUUUCUUGGACUGCGAUGAUAUCUGGGUAUGCACGAAGUGGACGAAAGCUUGAGGCUUUAGAGCUGUUUAGAGAAUCUCCGUUUAAGAAUUUAUAUGCUUGGACUGCUUUGAUAUCUGGGUUGGUUCAGAGUGGGAAUGCAAAUGAUGCGCUUUACUUGUUUGUUGAAAUGAGGCGUGAAGGGGUUAGUAUAGCUGACCCUUUAGUUCUUUCAAGUGUGGUUGGUGCUUGUGCUAAUUCGGCUGUUCGGGAGCUUGGAAAACAGGUGCAUUGUGUAGUCAUAACCCUUGGAUAUGAGUCUUGCUUGUUUAUAAGCAAUGCACUUGUGGAUAUGUAUGCAAAAUGCAGUGACGUUGUUGCUGCGAAGUAUAUAUUCUGUGAGAUGAGAAGAAAGGAUGUUGUUUCUUGGACUUCAAUAAUUGUUGGCACUGCUCAGCAUGGGCUGGCUGAGGAGGCAUUGACUUUAUAUGAUGAUAUGGUUUUGGCCGGUGUUAAACCAAAUGAGGUGACUUUUGUUGGGUUGAUCUAUGCCUGCAGUCAUGUUGGUCUAGUUAGCAAGGGUCGUGCUUUGUUCAAGUCCAUGGUUGAAGAUUUUGGAAUUAGGCCGUCUUUGCAGCACUAUACUUGUUUGCUGGAUCUUUUUAGUCGGUCGGGGCACCUUGACGAGGCAGAGAAUCUGAUCAGAACAAUGCCAGUCAAACCUGAUGAACCUACUUGGGCUGCUUUACUUAGUGCUUGUAAGCACCAUGGUAACACUAAGAUGGCAGUUAGAAUUGCUGAUCAUCUAUUGGAUUUAAAACCAGAAGACCCUUCCAGCUAUAUAUUGUUAUCUAAUAUAUACGCCGGAGCUGGUAUGUGGGAGAAUGUUUCAAUGGUUCGGAAGUUAAUGGCUGUCAAGGAAGUUAAAAAGGUGCCAGGUUAUAGCUGCGUUGACUUGGGAAGGGAAUUUCAGGUGUUUCAUGCCGGAGAGGCAUCUCAACCAAUGAAGGAUGAAAUACUAGGUUUAAUGACGAAAUUAGAUUCAGAGAUGAGGAGAAGGGGUUAUGUUCCUGAUACUAGCUCAGUUUUACUUGACAUGGAUCAACAAGAGAAGGAAAGACAACUUUUCUGGCAUAGCGAGAGGUUGGCUCUGGCCUAUGGCCUUCUUAAGGCUGUUCCAGGGACUACUAUACGUAUAGUUAAAAAUCUCCGUGUUUGUGGAGAUUGUCACACUGUGCUGAAGCUCAUCAGCGCUAUAACAAGUAGGGAAAUUUAUGUUCGAGAUGUCAAAAGAUAUCACCAUUUUAAGGAUGGGAAAUGUUCAUGCAAUGACUUCUGGUGACUUCGGAGAAUUUCCACAGAUUUGACUUUGACUCGAGGCCCUUACUAUGAAGAAUGCUAGCAUGAGGUGCCGAACACCAUAUUACAUGCUAUUCAGCGUCAAAUUGGGUGUUUUUAUGUUCUAAGAACCUGGCCUAUGUUAUUAUGGGUAUGCAACCUUAUGCAUGGCCAGUACUAUUAACUUGACAUGAUACCUGUGCUAACUUGUUUUUAUGUUCUAAAAAAUGGUGUUUAUGUUAAGGGCCUUCUGUUAUGCAAUAUUUGUGUUAACUUAUGUCUGCAAGAGCUCAUGCUGGUUCAUAUUAUUUGCUUCCAUAUGUCACCGCAGAAAGAAAGACUGAGUAAAUCAUCAAAAUUUAGGAAUAAGUCUUUACUCUGAUUCAAGAAAUCAA